AUGCAGAACGAUCCGUUGGUAAAGGUAGAUGUUGAUGAAUCAGAAGACACCGAGUGGAAUGAUAUCUUGAGAGCGCAUGGUGUUAUCCCACAACGGGCACCGUCACCAACCGCACAGCUUGAGGAGGCACUUGAAGAAGCGCUUCAAAAGCAGCAAGAAAAUCGACUAGAUGGGAAAGAUCUUUCCGACCUUGAAGAGCUGGAGGAUGAUGAGGACGAAGAGUUCUUGGAGCUGUAUAAGAAGCAAAGAAUGGCAGAAAUCAAAAAAUUGCAUGAGAAAGCGAAGUUUGGCCAGGUUUUUCAUGUCAACAAGCCCGAGUACAACAAAGAAAUUACGGAAUGCAGUAUGGGCUCGAAAGAAGAAGGAACUGGCGGAGUGUACGUAUUUGUGCAUAUGUCUUCAAGCAGCAAGCUACAAAGCAGGCUGUUAGCAGACAUUUUCAAUCAAGCAGCAGUGAAAUUUCCCCAGAUCAAAUUUGUGGAUAUCCCAGCCAAUAGAGCUGUCGAAAACUAUCCUGAAAAUAACUGUCCCACGCUCAUUGUCUACUACCUUGGUGAGGUUCUCAGAAACUUUGUGACACUACUGGAAUUAGGUGGAAACGAUACUAAGCUAGAUGAUUUGGAAAAAGUGUUGGUGAAAGUUGGCGCUGUAGAUGAAAAAGAUGAUCGGUUGGUUAUGAAUCUAGAUGACGAAGAUGCCAGGGAAGACCGGUUCAACCAAUAUACUAAGAGAGGUAUCAAGUCGGGCAUCAAGGGUAAAUUCAACGUUGGCAUCGGCAGCGGCAGUGAAGAUGAGGAUUUUUUCGAUUGA